AUGUCCUCCCUCUCCUACAGGCUCAGCUCGGGAUGUGGGGUCACCAGGAACUUCAGCUCCUGUUCUGCUGUGGCCCCCAAAACGGGCAACCGCUGCUGUAUCAGCGCUGCUCCCUACCGUGGGGUGUCCUGCUACCGGGGACUCACGGGCUUCGGCAGCCGCAGCCUGUGUAACCCCGGAUCCUGCGGGCCCCGCAUGGCUGUGGGGGGCUUCCGAGCCGGCUCCUAUGGGCGCAGCUUCGGCUACCGCUCAGGGGGCGUCUGCGGGCCCAGCCCCCCAUGCAUCACCACUGUGUCGGUCAACGAGAGCCUCCUGACGCCCCUCAACCUGGAGAUUGACCCCAAUGCGCAGUGCGUGAAGCACGAGGAGAAGGAGCAGAUCAAGUGUCUCAACAGCAAGUUUGCAGCCUUCAUCGACAAGGUGCGCUUCCUGGAGCAGCAGAACAAGCUGCUGGAGACCAAGUGGCAGUUCUACCAGAACCAGCGCUGCUGUGAGAGCAACCUGGAGCCCCUCUUCAGUGGCUACAUCGAGGCGCUGAGGAGGGAGGCUGAGUGUGUGGAGGCUGACAGCGGGAGGCUGGCCUCAGAGCUCAACCACGUGCAGGAGGUGCUGGAGGGCUACAAGAAAAAGUAUGAAGAGGAGGUGGCUCUGAGAGCCACAGCAGAGAAUGAGUUUGUGGUUCUAAAGAAGGAUGUGGACUGUGCCUACCUGCGGAAAUCAGACCUGGAGGCCAACGUGGAGGCUCUGGUGGAGGAAUCAGGCUUCCUGAAGCGCCUCUAUGAAGAGGAGAUCCGUGUUCUCCAAGCCCAUAUCUCAGACACUUCCGUGAUCGUCAAGAUGGACAACAGCCGGGACCUGAACAUGGACUGCGUGGUUGCUGAGAUCAAGGCUCAGUAUGAUGAUGUGGCCAGCCGCAGCCGUGCGGAAGCCGAAUCCUGGUACCGCACCAAGUGCGAGGAGAUGAAGGCCACCGUGAUCCGACAUGGGGAGACCCUGCGCCGCACCAAGGAGGAGAUGAAUGAGCUGAACCGCAUCAUCCAGAGGCUGACGGCUGAGAUCGAGAAUGCCAAGGUCCAGCGUGCCAAGCUGGAGACUGCUGUGGCUGAGGCAGAGCAGCAGGGUGAGGCGGCCCUCACUGAUGCUCGCUGCAAACUGGCCGAGCUGGAGGGCGCCCUGCAGAAGGCCAAGCAGGACAUGGCCUGCCUGCUGAAGGAGUACCAGGAGGUGAUGAACUCCAAGCUGGGCCUGGACAUCGAGAUCGCCACCUACAGGCGCCUGCUGGAGGGCGAGGAGCACAGGCUGUGCGAGGGCGUGGGCUCUGUGAAUGUCUGUGUCAGCAGUUCCCGCGGCGGAGUCACCUGUGGGGGACUCACUUACAGUACCACCCCAGGGCGCCAGAUUGCCUCUGGCCCCUCGGCCACGGGGGGCAGCAUUAUGGUGAUGGCCCCCGAUUCCUGCUCCCCCUGCCAACCCCGCUCCUCCAGCUUCAGCUGCGGGAGCAGCCGGUCAGUCCGCUUUGCAUAA